CGCGCAUAUAAUUUUUGAUAAAUGUACAUUAUUGUACCACCAAUGCACAUGAAGCUGAACACUUCUAAACCGUGAAUGAUUAUUAGUCACAGUUUUGAUUUUUUUCAUCGUUGAAAAAGUUUGAGUACAAAAAUCAUUAGAAUCGCUGAUAUAAUGUACUUUGCCGCAGUUCAGCUCAGAAAAACCAGAUUAAUUAUUUUGUGGAUUAUUUUAAUUGUUAUUAUUUUUUAUGCAAUUGCAAAUUAUUUUUUUGGCACUGAAAAAUUUGAAGGGCUAUAUGAAAAGAUUGCGAAAACUGGUGUAGGUCGGGAUUCGAACCCCUGCAAUGAGAGUUGGAGCUCGGGAAAUACAGUAUGGAUGAUCGAGACCAAGUAUUUAGAAACGGUUAAGCCACUCAUACAAUGUGAGAUUGAGAGUUAUGUCAAAUUGAUGCCAGAAGUUUGCUUAAGAUUGUUGCUCAUUGACCCCUCGAAUAACAUUCCUCAACUUAUGUCCGAAGUCCACUCAGUACUCGGAAGGGACCUCACCAGCACUUUUCACAUGGUCCAUAUGUCAGCAGAGGACCUCUUCAGGGACACCCCGAUUGCAUUGAUUUGGCCGAAAAUGAGUGGAUCCAGAUUCAGUCCUGUCCACCUGGCCGCCGCUGCCAGAGUAGUGCUUCUGUACAAGUUCGGAGGCAUGUACACCGACUCAGACGUCAUACUUAUGAGACGACCCACCUUCGGUCCCAAAUUUCUAACUCGCAGUGCCUCCUCCCCCACCUUAAUGUUCGCCAUCUUCGCCCACCCGAAACACGACCCCCUUCUACUUUCAGCACUCGAGGCCAUAGCUGCAAACUACGAAAGCAACGCGUACACUGGCGUGUCCAUUCACUAUCACAAAAGAGUGCAGAACUUCUGCCGGACACAGUGUGGAAUCAGCCAAAAGAGGCUCUAUGACAACAAGACCAGCUUCAUGUGCUGUGACAUGCAAAUAGUCGCCAGUGCUUUGGGCCACAGCGGCCGUGAAAUGAGUCUGGAUCAGGCGGAGAAAGCUGGUGGCACAUUCUACCACUACGCCAGAUCGUUCCUCUGUCUCAACCACAAAAACAAAGACACUGAUUUACAGGUGAAAACGUCUGACCACCAUGUUGCACAAGUAGCCCGAAAGUAUUGUCCAAUCACAGUAGAGAACCACUCCAACUUCGUCAUCAGCUGCGAAAACCUCGGAAAAAAUGGUUUCAGAGGAGAAAAACCAUGAAGACAAAUGGGCAGCAUAGCAGUUUAAAAUUCAAUUGUUCAAUGAUUAAUUUAAUAGUCAUUUUA